AUUUGGCACCUCUAAACUCCACCUCCACCUUAUAGUGAAUAUCCCACUCAAUCCUUUAUCACUUGUCACUCGCUUUCGGCGUGCUUUACUACAAUAUUCCUUCUACACGAUAGUCAAUCUGUUCCGAACUCCGCGCUGGACUGAGGAUCAAAUCGUCACCCUGCAGUCAAUCCUUGUUAAGUUUGCACCUACUAAAGCCGACCUUGCGAUCUCGCAGCACCUCAAGUAGACAUCCAUUCUCCUCGAUCGGCUAAUCCGACACAAUCAAGAUUCAAUCUCAAGGUUCUACUGUAAGAAAGAGCCACAAACAUGUUCCGCCGCCGCCCAAAUACCCUCCCUCCAGACCCUGUCUUUGAGCCAAACCUGGACAAGUUGGGCUUCUUCGUCAACGAGCACGAUCAGAUCCGCAUGAUCAAGAAUCCCGAGGCGAAGUACACGUUCGGAAUGAACAAGAAUGAGAGGGUGAAUCACCUUUAUCGACAGGCUUGUAAUACCGCUAUCAGGAAGAUCGUACGAGAUCGAUUGACUACUCUGGGUUUUGAAACGGUCAGACUACCUCUCGGUGCGAGUGCAGACGAGAAGCAUAUUCCUAUCCUAGUGUCAAAGGACAUUGCCAGCAAAGAUCGAGUCAUUGUCUUAUUUGGCGAGCGGCACCAGGAGCCAGGGAUAUUUUCAUGGCGGGUGCUCGGCGAAGAGGGGAUCAACGUAGGAUCAGCAGUUGAUUUUGCCAGCGCGGCUAUGUUCGGGCCGAUACCUACGCUUGCUCAUUUUGCCCCGGGGAUCGUUGUCGCCAAUCCAUGCCAGUUGUUGUGGUACAGGGGUGGUGGCAGAGCGGUUUCGUCUGACGAGUGGCUGAACCUGCCGAGAGCAAGUGGGGUGAGUGAGCCGUUCAAGGUUGAUGACCUGAAGAAUCGGGUGCUUGGAAAUGGGAACUACGAGGAGCAUGUGCGGUAUGUUUUUGAGGAGGUGUUGCCCCAAUUGAUGCGUAAAGAGGCGAAAAUCGAUGUCGUGGGGAUCGAGUAUCCGGGGUCAACAGCCGUUGAGUAUCUAGCGAAUCAUUGGGAUACUUGGUCUACGCGGGUCAUAGGUAUUGCACUGAUCGCGCCACAGCAUAAGGUGCAGGAUCUGAAGGCGUAUGGCGCGUCGAGGGAGUUCCUUGACUUCUUGUCGAAGAGGAUGAGGGCGUAUUUUGUCUCACCAGAGAAGCUCGAGACGGCGAUCACAGGACGAGAGGUGUUUGGAUGCAAUUGCUUUGCGAGUGGGGAGAGUUUGUAUCAAGAGAAUGCGAUUGUGAGGAGCUGGAGAAGUAUACUCGAUUGGUUCAAUCGAUUGUAUGCUGAUCCGGAGUUCCAGGAGGUGCCAUUUGCAGGCGUGGACGGUGCUGAGGGAGGUGGGGAGUUACAGAUUACUUGGUGAAGCCAUAUUGACACGACAUGGACUGAACCCAGCUAGCUGAGUGUGGUAGAAGUGUGCUCAGGAUGGACUGCGGUGCUGAAGAUUGACAAUAUUGUCCUCGAAGGUUGUAACACUUGGUACUGCAGCAAGCACUAGCUAGCAUUUUGGCCUGGCACAGUACGAGAAAAGCUGUCAUCCUCUGGUUGCUGAUGGGAGGCCAUCGUUGACAGAUCUUCCAGGAGAAGCGAGAAAGAUGGUCAGUCAUG